AUGAAGUCGAUGAUUUUCAGUAUUGAUCGCCUGUUAUGGACUCAGGUUUUUCCUUGUCCCAACAAGUGCCUCAUGAAUGGUGGUCCAGACUCUGUUACAGUAAGUCCACCAUCACCUGGGUCUGCAGCAGAAGGAGACAGUCUGAUUGUGAUGUGUGCUACUGCUGGCUGUAAACCACCAUGUUCCUAUUCCUGGACUCUGAAAAAUCAGCAGAUCUCAUCAACCUCUCAGUUAAAACUGACAAACAUCAACAGGAAUGGCCCAGCCAGUGUCCAGCUGAACACCACUUCUCCACUGACAGUGAAGGAAGGUGAUGAUGUAGCUGUGUCAUUUGAAGCGACUGACUGUUCUCCAUCCUGUUCCUUCACGUGGAAGUUUAACUCUCAGACUAAAUCAACCAGUUCUGUGCUGUCAGUAAAUAAUAUACAGAGAUCAGCAGCUGGUGACUACACGUGUAUUGCUAGAAACAGAAACACACAGAAAUCAUUAGACAAGUCCAUUUCUCUGGAUGUGCAAUACCAAUCUUCAAUCACUUCUCUGACCUGGAACUCGCAGUCUACACCGGUUACAGUUGGUGAGCUGACUCCUAUGAUUCUGAGAUGUAAUGUUGACAGUAAUCCAGGAUCUCACAUCAAAUUGCUGAACAAGUCACAGACUCUGCGUGAAGUAACAAACUCUAAACAGGCUGAGUACACGUGGAACGAGGCUGGAUGUCUGGAUACAGGACACUACACGUGUGAAGCGGGAAACAACAUCAAGUCAGCUGUCAGUGAAAGUGUCCAGCUUGUUGUGAGAUGUUCACCAAGAUUAGACCAUCACGUUCCAUUCCAGAAAGAGUUUACAACAGCGAUUGGCGGUAAUGUGACUCUGAAGAUAUCAGUGAUUGCCAAUCCAACACCGACGUUCACCUGGUACAAACUGACUGAUGGAAACAGAAAUAAUAUUGGGUCUAGUAGUUCACCUACAACUGACGUAACUGCUGCUGGGAAACACACUCUAACGAAUAUUCAGCAUGGAGAUAUUGGUACCUAUCAGGUUGUGGUGUCAAAUGGAGCUAAAAACACAGAUCUUGUGAAGAAUCUGACACUUUAUGUAGCAGGUUCUCCGAAUAUUCCCUCUGAUCUCACAGUAUGGAGCAGUGACCCACACUCAGUCUCAGUUGCUUGGAUAGGGGGAUUUAAUGGAGGAUCAGGGCAGUCGUUUGUUGUACAAUACCGAGCAGACAGAACAUCACAGUGGACCAAUCUCACUGAUGUGAUUCCCGAAAAAGGUGUUAACACAAUUCAGAAAGCUGUUAUACCAAAUCUUCAACCAAAGACGAGAUAUCUGGUGCGGGUUUUGGCUUAUAACAUAUAUGGAUACGAAGACUUUACCAAGGCACAGGAAGCUUUGACAUUACCUCCAGGAAAUCCCCUGGAGAGUGCACACAAUGAAUUGGAUAUCCCUUGA